UUAACUGCUGCACGGAAGUCUGUUGAUAGACAAGACCCGGUGGGACAUGAAUGAAGGAUGGAAGAAGUCGAAGGGAAGGGAUGAGAUGUGUAGAUUUAUGAUGGUCUACAGAUGCAGAGGAACCCACGGAGUGAGACUCUGGAUCGGGGCACGUCUCAGGAAACUUUGGCUCCCUGGUUUAAUGAAAGAUGGAAGAGGAAGAAAAGAAAAAAAGAGGGAUGGGAUGGGUGGAGGAACUGAGACCGGCAGAGAGGGACACAUCUUUAUAGUGCCUCCUCCUCCCGUCUCAGCGUCAGGUGAUCCGUCAGUCCAGAGCAUCUGCUGGGAUUAGUCCACAUACUGGCAACUCACACACUCACCAAUGGCCACAGCCUGCAAACACAGAGACAGCCAGUAGCAUUGUGUGACACUCACACUGAAGACCAUUUAUCAGCUCACCAUGGCGUCUCUGGACGAAGAGCUGACUUGCUCCGUGUGCCGAGACAGCUUCAGCCAAGCCCACCCCCUGCCCUGCGGUCACAGCUUCUGUCCCGCCUGCAUCCGCGAGGCCUUCAACGGCCAGGACGAUGGAAGGGGUCACUUUACCUGCCCACAGUGCCAGGAGGAGCACGGUGAAGUGCUGUGUGACUGCUGCCCUCCCAAGGCAGAGGAAGGGCAGACGCCGGUGGCUGUCAAGACCUGCCUGAAGUGCGAGGUGUCUCUGUGUGUCCAACACCUCCAGCCUCACCUGGAGAGGCCGGCGUUUAGGAAGCACCUGCUGGUGGACCCGCUGGGGGACCUGUCCCAGCGAAGGUGCCCCACACACACAGAGAUAUUUCGCUACUACUGCGCCGAUGAAAGGGUGUAUGUGUGUGCCGACUGUCUGCUGGAGGGGAGCCACGCUCAGCACAAAGUGAAGGCGCUGAGGCAGGUGGAAGAGGAUCUGAAGGUCAUCCUCCAGACGCUGCUCGUAAAAGCGGAGAAGAAACUGAAAGACGGAGAGCAGAUUCUCAAGGAGCACGGGAAUAUUGAUUCCACUGUGGCUGACUCUCUGACGCAGGAUGACACCAAGGUGGAGCGGUUGGGCUCAGACCUGCAGGUCCAGGUGAAGAAGCUGGUGGGCGCUCUGAGGGAGAUCACUAAGAGGGAGAGACAGCAGGUCGUGGAGCGCGUGAACGAAGACCGCUCCAAGGUCAGGGACGACAUGAGCCAGACGCUGAGCAUCCGGCACUACCUGGCCACGCUGCUGACAGAGACAGACCCCUUCCUGCUCAUCUGGGCCUUUCAAUCCGAUGACACAAAGUUAUUGGCAGACUUGAACUGCCCACUUUUCAGCCCUGAUCCCAUCAGCCUGGACAGGAAACACAUACUGGAGGAUGUGGAGACCAAGUAUCGGGAGUUCAUCACCGCCACCCUCCGCUGCCUCAGUGAACUGAAGAGGGAGCUCUUAAGCAGUCCUUUGACUCUGGACACAAACACGGCCCAUCCUCUGCUGAGCAUCUCUGACGACCUGCGUUCAGUCACACGCAUUCAGAGACGUCUCCCCUGCGCUACUCAUCCUGAACGCUUCGAUCACUGGCCUCAGGUCCUCACGGUCCAGACCUUCUCCUCCGGGACUCACUACUGGGAGCUGGAGGCUGAGGGGUUCUGGGACGUUGGUGUCUGCUACCGAAGUAUUGGACGGAAAGGGAAAGAGGGCAAUGCCUUUGGUAACAACAAGGUGUCGUGGAGCCUGACGCAGCAACGUGACAAAAAGCUGGCAGCCUGGCACAACCGCAGGAAGACCCGCCUCGCACACCAAAUGGUGGGCAACCGGGUUGCUGUAGCUGUGGACUACAGUGCAGGCACCAUCGUCUUCUCUGAGGUGGGACCGUCCAACAACCUGAUCCACCUCCACACUUUCUCCACGACCUUCACUCAUCCGUUGUGCUUGGGCUUUGGACUCUACAAGGCUGAGCUCAACAGUCGCAUCACUAUUGUUCGAGUCUGAGGAGGACGGCUCUGUAGGCCGGUGUGCUGGUUCGACUUAGGCAAAGAUAAAGCGGUGGCGCGUCCCCUGCCACCUCUGUGACCACACAAACAUGUGUCGGAGGCUUUGCCAUGAGCUGUUUCUCUUCCCUCUACUCUCAGGCAGAACUUAACAAAGAGAUAAAACUGUAUCUCCUGAAACUGUAAUCAGACCAUAGUGACAUGGAGAGUACUUCUACACAGAGAAUCUGAUGGAUGAACUUGGGACACCAGAUGAAGAAGCUCAAUUUAAAGAGACUUGAAAUUAAUUUUGGUGUAUUUUCAUUCUAAAGUGACUUGAAAAGCAAGCAAAUGAUGACCAAAAGAUAAUACAGUUAUUUAAAAGAAAAUAGUUGCUGAAAAGAAGCUGAACAUGCCUGACUGUCUACCUCGUUUACAGUUUGUGAGCACUAGGCAUUAACUUUACCUUCAUGAGGCCGGUUUAUGUCUUAAAACAAUAUAUUUAAAGACCCGUAAAUCCAGCUGUAUGUUUGCCACGGCGUCUUCUAAAGGAAGCCGCCUGGAUACGUAAAGCAUUUGAGGCAUAUACAUGAAAGUGCACAGGCAGCAAGAAGGAGCGUUUGAUCCUUUUUAACUCAACUUGAAGACGCACACGAGGGAAUCUCUGGUUUGAUUUCAAAUUACAGGAAAGGUGGAAAACAACUGCCACUCACUCACCAACUUUGCUCUUUGAAGCUGCUCAGAUAUCCAAUUAUUUCUCUUUAUCUUACUGUUAAGGUGAGUGGGCGGAUGUAGCGUGGAGGGUGAGAAAGAAGGGAGGGGAGGAGGGGCUGAGAGAGAAAAAAACACACACCGAGAGAGAGGAGAGAUCAGAACAUACCCCGACUUGGUUACGUUCAGCCCGACUGAUUCGCUGUGAGAUAAUGUGACAGGAGAGGAGAGGGGGAACAACACUUUUUGAACAUAUUUCGGCGCUCCAUCUAAGAGAAGACUACUUUUUCCACCUAAUAUGGAAUACAAGGUUGUUGAGACGGAAACAGCUUCUUCUCCCCGUCCCUUUCGUCUCGCAUUUUGCUGAAGAAAUCAACUCGAGAGUGCCGAGGGUUUUUCUCUUCCUCUGUGAUUUGAUUGUCAUUCAGGACCCUGCUGACUCGGCACGUAGGCCACUGAAGAGAUUUGGGAUUUUGGUGGGCAACCAAGAAAACAACAAAGGAAAACAGAAAAGCCGUGAUUGACAGCUACGUCCAAUUAUCCAUUCUGGGUUUGAUCUGAAGCAUCUGCUGCUCUGUUGAAUGAUUGAUGUUACCAGUUAAAACCGGCUAAAGGUUACAUUUACAAGAGUUGUUUUUUCCCUAUUAAAAUUCUCAUCCAACAGAGAAGUUGGAGAGAUUCCAGCGUUACAGUUUCUACAACAAUAGCAUGUUUAUUUCCACUUCAAACUAUCCAGAGUGACACUUCUCAAUAACAGAAUCAAUUAGACCCAAGACUCACCAGGUUCAGUCAUGCA